CCCUCCCUGUAGUGUAUAUCGUAGAGAUUAAAGAUGGCGCCUUCACACGUCCUCAGAUGCUGUCAGCGAGGUCUGGCUUGGAUUCCAGUCAUUUUUAUCGCUUUAGUUGUGUGCUGGUCGUAUUACGCUUACGUAGUGGAGCUGUGUGUGUUCACGGUGCCGAGUCUCGGAGAAAAAGUUAUCUACUUGGUCGUUUUUCAUCUCUCCUUCAUCAUGUUUGUUUGGUCUUAUUGGAAAGCCAUCUUCACGAGACCAAUGAAUCCAUCCAAAGAGUUCUGUUUACCCAAAGCUGAGAAGGAGCUUUAUGAGAAAGAAGAGCGCCCAGAGACCCAGCAGGAGAUCCUGAAGCGAGUCGCGAGCGGUCUGCCGCUCUACACUCGCACUGGCACAGGAGCCAUCCGUUACUGUGACCGCUGCCAGGUCAUCAAACCGGACCGGUGCCACCACUGCUCUGCGUGUGACAUGUGUGUGUUGAAGAUGGAUCAUCACUGUCCCUGGGUAAACAACUGUGUCGGUUUCUCCAAUUACAAGUUCUUCAUCCUGUUCCUGGCCUACUCGCUGCUGUACUGCUUGUUCAUCGCUGCCUCCGUGCUGCAGUACUUCAUCAAGUUCUGGACAAGUGAGCUGCCCGACUCUCAUGCCAAAUUCCACGUGUUGUUCCUGUUCUUUGUGGCUGCCAUGUUCUGUAUCAGUAUCCUCUCCCUCUUCACUUACCACCUGUGGCUUGUAGGAAAGAACAGAUCCACGAUAGAGGCGUUCCGAGCGCCCGUGUUCAGGAACGGACCAGAUAAAAACGGCUUCUCUCUGGGUUUUAGCAAGAACAUUGCUCAGGUGUUCGGAGACCAGAAGAAGUUCUGGCUGCUGCCGGUGUUCACCAGUCAGGGAGACGGACUCACGUUUCCAACCAGGCUGGUGGUCACUGAUCCGGAGCAGCCCACAGUGGUCGUACAUCCUGACCCCCUGAGCCAAAGCGUCGAAGGUAAACAGUGCAGUCCUCUCAGUGAGUCUCAGAAACAUCUGCUCAAUAACGACCUCCACGAAGAUCACACCGCCGUAAUGGCUGUAAAGACUGAUGAAAGCGACACGGUCACCGUUUCCAUGGACACCGAUUCCUAGCCAGGGUUCGCGGUCGUAAACUGUGGAGGAGAAACACAGCCAUCAAACGUGAUGCCUUAAACAACUCCAUCACCUCUGCAGCAGCUCCUCGUCUGUGUUUGCAUCCUGGUCACACAUCCGGUCUUGGGUUUUUUGGUUUUUCUCAGCACACCGUAUUUUAACGCUCAUUCAUGAUUAAUGGUGCAACUCUUAUAGAACACCGUUUGUUGUUUACCAGAAAAUGCACACUACCCUCGUGUUGUUAGGGGUGAUUCGAUUCCCUGGAACUAACUGAUCUGAUGUUUACAUAGCGGGGAGUGAUCUAAAGAGAGAGAGCUAUCCACAUCUCCGCUCAGUCUCCAUUUACACACACACAUAUAUAUAUAUAUACACACACACACACGUAUAUAUAAACACACAUAGCAAACAUGUUUGUUACCUCCAGUGUUUGUUUUGUUUUUUUGUUGUUGUUUUCAGGUUGUGUGUUGAGUCACAGGUUCGCACAUUUGCACGUUCUAAUUAAAUUUAAAUGAACUUAUAUAUAUAUAUAUAUAUUACAUUAUAAUUAUAUAUUAUACUAAAUAUAUAAAUACAACUAAAAAUAUUUAAUAAUUCUCAUCUAACAAAAAUAAACCAUUUCAACACAAGAUCAGAUAACGUGCUUCCGGGUGGAUAACGACGCUAAAGCUGCUCCGGUGUUGAGUUCAGGAGUUACUUAAACAAUAUAUUUAACAAAAUGAAUUAAAUAAUCAUUUUAAUUUAAUUUAACUUCUGAUUAUUAUAUAUUAAAACACACGGAUAUCUCGUGUUUCUUACUGCGGACAAAACUAAACGCUCCUAAUGUCGGGUUUGGUUUUAAUUCUACUAAAAUUCUUUAGGUUCGAUUUGGACCUCGAUUUUAAUUCAUUAAAAAUUCUGUCUUCCUUCAAGGUCGGAGAUGCAUUACGUCUUACUUUAAAACAGUAUUGAUUAUGUUCUGUGGUAUUGAUGAUGAUGAUGAUGAUGAAAUAAAGCAAAACAGGAUCAUUGGGUCUUAUCAGGGUGAUGUGGUGAGAUUGUGUAGAGAGUCUCAGAUUUGGGGGGAAAAAAGGUUUUUUUUUUCUGCACAGUGAAAACAAGACGUCUAAAACUAGCAGCACUUAAUGCUCGUGAUAGACAGGAGUUAGAGAGUAGAAAACUAAAAGAGCUCCAAACUGAAGCUGUCACGCAGCUACAACAUUUCACGUCUGUUUGUAUUUCUGAAUCGUGUGUCAUUUGUGAACCAAUUGACUCUUUGAGCUGAACACCGAGAGCCAUUUUUCCCUCUUCGUUAUUUAUUUAUUUUAUUACUCGUCUAGUGUAACGACGAAAUCAUUAAAUCCCUCAAACUUCUUUGCUUUAUCUGAGCUGUUUGUUAGCAUUAAAGUGAUUCAUUUUCAGUAAGUGCUUUAAAAGUUAAAUAGUCAAUAAAACUUGAAAUUCUUCAUCUGAACAGUGUAUAAGUUUUUAUACGGCACCGAAACGAGCGAAUAUGAUUGUUGGUUUGUUUAGAAAAUGUUCAAACAAUUCACAACGUCACAAAUUUAGCAAGGAGUCGUUUAUUCGAACGGAGAGAGUCGAAUGAUUCGACACCCUCCUGGAGAAAAAAAAAAAACAACAGAAUUUUCUGUUAAAGUCAAAACGUUUUCCACCCGGGAGUCCGUCAACCUGCACAAGUUCACACUUCAGAUUUGUUUUAAAGCUUCUUCACUGAAUCCCAGAGACAGCGCAGGUGAGGGUUUUAUUUUUACAUUAGGACUGUUAACAAUUAGUCUGGGGACAAAACAACACGUUAGAAAGCGUCAAAUCUAAUAUUCUGCUUUUAGAGGUAUAAAGUCAAACGUUUGAAGCAGUUUUGGGGUAAAAACCCUUGUGUUUAUUAGUGAGGGAUUUAAUUCAAAAGUUAUUGUAAUUUAUUUAAUUUUUUUAUGGCUGAGCAUCGAACAACGAUCCGUUCGGACGUACAGUCUUUUUCAAAAGUAUUGGACCGUUACUCUUUUUUAAAUUAACAUACCGAUAUGUAAAUAUCAGAAAAUGAACACUAAAUCUCAGAUCUGGCUCAUAUUCGUCUCGAUCCCGAACGUCCUCGGUGUUUAACUGCCCCAAUACCUUUGUAGGGGACUGUAUAUACGGUGCACUACGUAGGGUCUUUACCGCCGUAAUUACACCCUGUGUGGUGAGCUUCAGUGUUGAACCGAAAGCCUGAGCGAUCGUCACUGCUUUAGGGAAGCGACUUUAUUUAUUUAUUUUUUUUUGCUGAUUAAUAUUCAUUAUACACUCAUUAAUAUUCAUCGGCAUUUAAAUACCAAAUCUUUUCAACUCGGUUGCACUUUCUAACUGAAUUUGAGAGACCAAGUUCACAGACGUUUUUAAUUAAUAGCACAGACGACGUGUUUACAGCUCGAUCUGACAUCAUCACGAAUCAGAACCUUUCCAAAGUAUUUUCUGUUUAAAUCGCAUCGAGUCCAUCUUCUUAUUCGUCCACGCCGAACUCCGUGAUCUAUAAAUCUACUCCGGUAUCGAUCCACAGUAAACAUGAACAGAAUUCCGAUGUAGAAACGGAUUCGUUGUAAAUAAACUGAUUCUGAACGUUACCUUUAUAAAUAAAUGAGGCUUUGUUUAAAGAGAUUCCACGUUUUUAUGCAUAUUCAUAAGCUGGUUGUCUUAUGAAAAGAUUUCUUUCUAUGUAACUGUGUAGGUUUAGAUUUAUAUCCAUUUACUUGGACGGUGUUGACGGUCGAGUGCAAAAGUUUACACCCCCCCUCUGAAGCGUGCUUGCGUCGCUGCUUUAUUUGUUUUGUCCGUUAUCUUAUUCCUGAUAUUUGGUCACGUCUCUGUGUCUGUUUUUCUUACAUAUGCUGUUUUCUGGAUCUCCAUCUCUGGCUCCAUGAGCUCUAAGUAUUUUGUAGUUUUUGUUACGAGUUGUGUGUUGAUCCUUAAGUCUGCUGAUUAUAAGUUUGAGCUCAUCUGAAGUUGUAGAACAAACCUGAACACCAACCUGGGAUUGUCGAGUCAGUAAAAUGGAAUAAAUCCUUAUGAUGAGGAGCAGAAUCCUCUGGGUUUAUUGUGUUUGUAAGGCAGUGAUUCAGUAUUUAAUGACACAAAUGAUUUUGCCAUUCGAUUCGGAUCAGAUGAUUCACCUUUGAUCAAAUGUGGUGAUGAUGAUGAUGAUGAUGAUGGUGUAGAGAUUCUUAUUUAUUUUUUCCCUUUGAGCAAUUUUUCCUUCAUUAAACGUUUAAGGUAAUUGUGUCGAUUCAUUGACUUUUUAAUCGAUCCAUGUUUUGAUUGAUUCGUCUGUGUGAAGGUGAUUUACUAAAAAAGAAAAAAAAAAAAAUUAUGAGGCUUUUAGAAUAAAACAAAACAGUUGUCACUAAUUCAAUAAAUCUCAUCUGAAUAAAAUAGACUGUUGAUGGGGACACAAACUUUUGUUCAUGCAGGAAAAUAUUCUUCCUGAUCUCAUGUUUUUGAGUGGGGGGAUGCUAACUUUUGCACUCGACUGUACAUCAGGCUGGUUCAUUUAAAAUCUGACCUUGGUCAUUUAAGGCUGCUGUGUUUUUUGCCAAAUAAAGGGCUGAAUAUCGGAGCUCAGCUCAGCUCUGUUCUGUUCUGUUCUGUUCUUCUUUUUCAUUUGAAUGUCAUGUUUAUUUAUUGAUUGUUUUUUCCUGUCAGUAUCAGUGCUGUUUCUUGUUCCUCUGCUGGUUCUCAGCGUCUGGUCAGGUGUUUCAUCUAGAAAAUGUUCAAUAUUAUUAGUGUUUAUUAAUAUCCAAAGUGUGUGUGUGUGUCUGUGUGUGUGUGUGUGGUGAUCAGUGUCAGACGUCUAUCCAGAUCAGUACAAUAUGUAGAGCUUUGCAUCAGAAAACUUGCUGGAGAAACACAGACGUGUGCAAGCUUGAGCCACUGAUUCCUCGAGUCUAUGCAAAUUAGAUCUAAAGGAGCAACAAAACCUAACGAUCAGAUCGAACGGUUCCUCAGACUGAUCCUGUCAUUACUUCAGUUCCUCGCUCAAUACCUCUGAUUCCUACCUGAGAUUAUUUCUACACACGACAGGACAGGACGAGACAUGACACGGGAGAAAAGGGCGGGAUGGGAUGGGACACAACGGGACAGAAUAGGACAGGACAGGAUGGGACACGACAUGGCAGGAAAGGGCGGGAUGGGACAGGACAGGAUGGGACACGACACAGCAGGAAAGGAUGGGACAGGACAGGACAGGAUGGGACACAACAUGGCAGGAAAGGGCGGGAUGGGAUGGGACAGGACAGGAUGGGACACGACACAGCAGGAAAGGAUGGGACAGGACAGGACAGGAUGGGACACAACAUGGCAGGAAAGGAUGGGAUGGGACACGAUGGGACGGGACACCCACAAGUGACAAAUGAUUUGUCAUGCAGUAGACUGAAGCGUACAAAUAUUUUUUUAAUGUUGCAGAUAACAAUAAUGAGUGUAAUUAAAAAGCCCCCACACAGGUUUCUGAGCUCCGAAUGUUCAAACACUAAACUGAUGUAAGCUGAUGUAUUUUUUUAUGAAUCCAAAUCUACAGGAGUUUCAUUCCAGGCUGUAGGGUAGAGGGGUGUAGGGAGGUUGUGCUUCAGUGGAAAUGUGAAGAUUUCAGCACUGAUUACUUUCUUUCUCAUGAAAAGCAGGUUAGUCUGUUUUUGUUUGUUCGUUUGUUUGUUAGUUAGUUAAUUUUUUGUGUGGUUUUAUUUUUUGGACUUUGUUUAAACGCUGUCGCAAAGUUGUUCUGAAAACAGUGAUAUUUAUAUCAAGUCUUUGCUUUGUGUUUUUGUUUUUUUCUCUCCAGUUUUCCUCCGUCUCUCUUCCUCCCUCAUCACAGCACUGAUGAUCUGAUUUCUUUUAAUCAUCCAUUUUUCUUCCUUUUACACCUUUAGAAGCCAUACUGAAUUCUCAAUUUGGAAUUUUUCAAGAUCUCUUUACUUUGGACCAUUUUUUAUUCCCUUUUUUUUACAAAAAAGGAGGUUUUAUGGCAUGUGGAGUAGCUUAUAUUUGUAACCUGCUUUUUUUUGUCAAAUGUUUCAGGAUUUACACAAAAUAUUGAACGGACUGUAAAAUGUUGAUCUCACGUCUAUUUUUCUCGUCUGAUUAAUUUGAAUCUUGAUAUUUUGUGAAUGAAGUACAUGCUUAUGUGAACAUGACUAAAAAUAAACGUGCUUUUAUAGAAAAAA